UAUACCUUCUUAUUUUUCAAGUUGCAAUUUCAAAUCAAUUAAGAAAUAUUACUUAUUGCAAAAUGUUUAAUAAAAAUAUUACAAUUCUACUUCACAUCCGAUUAAAUGGCCGUAAAAUAACCUCCCCUGCGUACCGACUGUACAAUCUGCUAAGUAUCCUCCAUUGGUUCGCCUUUUAUAGAUUUACUCAAAGGUACAGCUAGAUAUAGGAUUGACCUGUUACCAUGGAAACGCAUUGACCAAUCAUAUUUUACUAAAAAGAGAUAGCACAUCGUCUUCUUCGUCAUCUCCUUAUCUUGAGUUCUAUAAUUCAACAAUGGGAUCCAGCUAUCUAUUAUGAGACGUGCUUUUUGUGACAUUUUUACAUAAUUCUUUAAUUCGGAAGAACUAUUUUUUUAAUUGCAAUCGUUAGACAUACGAUUUUUAUUAAGAAAUAGUUCCAAGAAAGAUAUGAUAGGAAAUCUUGCUGCCAAACUACGAUUACUUUUGCCAGAUAAAACUGUCACAGCAUUCCAUAAAUACCAACAAAGUCUAAUAUUUUGAUCGGACUAUCGCAUUAAAAAGGAACUUUUCAAUUGGAAACAGGAAAAGGAACGUUGUUGGAUUAUAUGAUUGAAAAGGAAGUAUUAAUAAGUGCAUUAUAAGUGUUCUAUCAAGUUUCAUAAAAAGCAAGUAAAUAAUAGGAAUUACAUGAUUAGCGGAAACUGAACAAUGGAAACUUUUGGGUCAAGAAAAAGAUGGGUCUUUGCUUAUAUGUUGGUUGGAAGAAAAGUUAUUAGAAGACAGCACAGUUUUGCAAUAUACUGUUAUAGGCCAUUACGACCGGAUUAAAAAUAAAUUACAGAUCCUACAUCGUUUUCAAAUGAUAUUGAAUAUUGUUCAAGCUACAAUAAAUCAAAGCCGUUCAUUACUUGGCUAUGUGACCAAGCAAAAUUCUUCUAUUGAAAAAGCUGUUGAAUCUGUUGAAGAAAAUAGCUCUAAAGUAGAAGAAUCAACCGUGAAUGUAGAAACUUAUCAAGCAUAUCUAAUGAAACUUGAUAUAGACAAACUUUAUAAUUUGGAAAUUGAAAGAUCUAAGCAAGUGCGCAUUCAAUUUUUAUAUAGGGAGAAACUCCAAACUACAUCUGAUAAAUUUUUAUUAUUACUUCAUCAAGAAUGUGUCAUGAUAUAUACCAUUAUAUUUGAUGCAUCAGUGGAUGCUUUAUGGGAAAUAAAAGAAUUAAAGCAUGAGGAAUUAGUGAAAGAGUUUGUUUGGGCACAAUGGGAUAUGACAAAUCAAGUAUUAUAUCAUAUUCAUCACAGACGAAUUCCUACGAGUUUAGUGAGCGAAGAUAACGAUGAAAAUAAUAUGAAAUCGACUCGUUCGAAUCCGACACUUAGUGGACUUCAAUUUCAUGACGAUCUUCCACAUGAAACAGUGUUAAAUAUUCCUUUAAAUUUGCCUCAAUUAUCAACUACUUCUAACUGUGGAACUUAUGAAGAUGAUGUUAUACCUUUGAGAGUUCAUGAUUGUUCUUUAGAUCUCAUUGUGGUAUCAGAUUCUAAAGGAAUGGUCUGUGUUUGUCAUCAUUACCUAUAUAGACCAAUGAAGACACAACAUGCAGUUAAUUCUUUAACUGAAUCAAAUACCGUACACUUUGCAUAUUCAGUGACACUUCUUCAUCACAGUUGUGUCAUUCAUUGUGUUAUACCAGGCAUACCAUGGUCACGUGCUAAGCUUAUAAGACCAACCUUUGCAAUAUAUGAAAAUCAUUAUAUGAUUGUAUUCGUGCAAGGUUUACUUAUACAUCUUCUUGAAAUAGGACUCAAUCAUGAUCCCUGCUGCCACAUAUUAUGUGGUUCUUCAACACCUGUUGCAUCACAUGCUUCUUAUUUAGUACCAUUACUUGAUUUACAAAAUACAGAAGAAGGAAAUUAUAAAAAGCAAGAGACAUCUGGUCUUCAUCAUAAUAUUACAGAAACUAAAAUUAGCUACUUAGAUGGAAGUAGUAUCUUUUCAAAUUCUGGCUCAAAAAUUUUAACUAUUGAUUUACCUACACUGGAUCUUGUAGAAUUAUCCAUUACUACUGAUUUCCUUAUGGAUAUUUUUCGAAAAGAAACUUCUGUUGAAGUACGCUUGGGAAUUUUGCAUUACUUCAUUUGUCAUAAAAACGAUAUGGAAAUUAUCGCGGAUUUAGUAUCUAUCGUAGCAGAGAAACCUCGACUUUUGGAGAUCGUACGAUAUAUGCAAGAAAUUCUCAUUGGCGGAUCAUAUGCUUUGGUACAAAAGAAUUUACUUGCAGAUGCUAUGCCCUUGUUAACAUUAUUACCUGUUACUACUAUGGAAGAGUACACGAGUUUUGAAAUAAAAGUUAAUGAUCUAAAUAUAACAUUGAGUCAUGAAAAACUAUGGAAUACAUCUGUUAUGUUACUUUCACCACAACAAAGAUUAGUUCCUUAUCAUAGUGAUUUGUGGACUAGACUUUGGGAACAAUUAAAUAAAAAUAUUAAAGAUAAACCAAGAUUUCAGCCGAGUAAAAUUGCGGAAAAAUUGUUGGUAUCAUUGGCAUGUUAUCAACCAGAGGCAUUAUCAAGAUGUAGUACUCCUAUGUCUCCAAGUGGAGGAUUUGUUAUAGCUACAGUUGCUCUUGGAGAUUUAUUGGGUAAUCGUAGCAACAAGUUAUUGGACUCUAGUUUACCAUUCACAGAAAGUGAAAGUUGCACUGCUUCGAAACAAGAACAUAUCGUCUCAGUAAAUUUACGUGAGCUUUCAAUGUACCUGUUGAAGAAUGGUACACAAUCAUCGACGUGUCAUAUUCAAGGUUCAUGUACAGCUUUACAAGUUCAUGCAAUGGCUACGAGAUAUGUAGCGGCACAAUUAGAAACAUCACGUAUUUUAUGUCACAUGCUUUGUCGGGCGGCUAACGUUGACUUACGAAUUGAACAAGAACGUGGUUUUAUGCUUAUUGAUCAAUUAGAUAAUGGAAAACGAUGGUUGUUGUUCAUGCUUUUGGAACGUUACAGAUAUGCAUUAGAAAAUAUAGCGUUCCCCGCUCCGCAAGGAUUUACGUCGUUUUUCACCUAUCUUGGAUAUAAAACUUUAAAUUAUUCUAUGUUUUUACAAUAUGUUCAGAGAGCAGUAUUUGAGCUACAAGUAGAUGUUACAAAAAUUAUCAUGGCAGAUAUAAGUGAUACAAAAGAAAAUACUAUUAAAAAAUUGGCUCUACUAUCUUUACUACCACGAUCUCGAGCCAAAAGACUUUUAAAUCAAUGGUUACAUCCAGUUAGCUUAAUGCUAAGAGCUCGGGAACACGCGGCUAAUAUUUUAUCAGGCGAAGUAGCUCAAAAUCGUGGCAGAUCUUUUCAACAUCGUAAUCAUCAUAAUGGUUUAGCAGCAUUUCCUUCUGCGGAUCGUUUGUCGCCUUUAGAUACAUUUCUUGAUUUACUCACUGCAAAAGCUAGUCUUGCUGAAUUAGAUUUCGGUUUGCUUAUGGAAGCAACUGUAACAUCCACAGAAGAUUUUUUAUAAGUAAAACAAGUUAACAAAAAAUAUGAUUGCUUGUUUUCAAUACAAAAUAUCAUAUGAAGAUAUAACUACUUGCAUAAUUCUAUACACUUUGCUAUUAUGAGUGUUUUCUAUAAAAUAAUGAAUGUAACAAAUUUUAGAUUAA